AUGGCGUCGUCCAAUUCAACAACUGGUACUUCGACCCAACAAGUAUUAACAGCAUUAGUCUCUAAUGGUGUUAUCUUUGGUGUCUUUUUAUCUGCAUUUUUAUUAUUGCGUUUAAAAUUGAAAAGAAUUUAUGAACCAAAAUCUUCAUUCAAUUUAAUUCCUGACGAAAAAAAGCCAGAACCUUUACCAAGUGGUCCAUAUCAAUGGUUUUUACCGUUAUUAAAAAAAUCUGAUUCUUUUAUAAUCCAACAAGCUGGGUUAGAUGGUUAUUUCUUCUUAAGAUAUUUGGGAUUGAUUUGCAUUUAUUGUGGAUUUUCCAUGCUAUAUCUUUUCCCCAUUCUAUUACCUGUCAACGUAGUUCAUGGUAGAAAUGAAUCUGGGUUAAACAAAUUAGCAUAUCAAAAUGUUUUAACUCCAGCUCGUUAUUAUGCUCAUAUAUUUUGUGGUUGGGUUUUCUUUUGGCUAUUCCUUUAUGUCGUUUAUAGAGAAUUAUAUUAUUAUAAUUCUUUACGUCAAGCUGUUUUAUCUUCACCACGUUAUGCUAAAAAAUUAUCAAGCAGAACUGUUUUAUUCCAAUGUGUACCUGAGCAAUAUUUGAGUGAAAGAGAAUUCCCCAAAUUAUUCGAUGGUGUUAAAAGAGUAUGGAUUGCCAGAUCUGGUAAAGAAAUUGAAAAUAAGGUGAAAGAAAGAGAAGAUUUAGCCAAUAACUUGGAAAAUUCCAUGAUUUCUUUAAUUAAAUCUGCUCAAUCUGAAAUUAAUAAACAAAAGAAAAAAGAUCCUACAUUAAAUGUUUCAAAUGAUAUUAGUGACUACGUUCCUUUUAAUAAAAGACCAAAACAUAGAUUGAAGUUUUUAAUUGGUAAAAAAGUGGAUACCCUUGAUUAUGUUAAAGAACAAUUACCAACUUUAAAUGAAGAAAUUCAAGAAAUGCAAGCAAACCAUAUGGAUAUUAAACCUUAUAAUUCUGUCUUUGUGGAAUUCGAAUCUCAAUUCCAAGCUCAAAUUGCCGCUCAGAUUAUUCCACAUCAUGCACCUUUAUCUCUUAAUCCUUCUUAUGUAGGUAUUGAACCUUCUCAAGUUAAAUGGAUUAAUAUGCGUUUAUUCCCAUAUGAAAGAUUAUUAAGAAAAUUUGGUGCUAUCGUAUUCAUCAUUGCUUUAGUCAUUUUAUGGGCUUUCCCAGUUGCUUUUGUUGGUAUGAUUUCCAACAUUACUUAUUUAACCAACAAAUUACAUUGGUUGAAAUUUAUUUAUAACUUACCAGAUGUAUUAUUAGGCCUUCUAACAUCCUUAGCUCCAACCGUAGCUUUAGCAAUAUUAAUGAGUUUCUUACCAAAAAUUAUUAGAGCAAUGGCAAUUAUUCAAGGUGCGCCAUCUUCACAAGCAGUAGAAUACUUCACUCAACAAGCUUAUUUCGCUUUCCAAGUCAUUCAAGUUUUCUUAGUUACUACUAUAGUUUCCUCAGCUACUUCGGUAGUUACUCAAAUUGUACAAGAACCAACAAGUGCUAUGAGUUUGUUGGCUAGUAAUUUGCCCAAAUCUUCCAAUUUCUAUAUUGCUUAUAUUAUUUUACAAGGUAUGUCUGUGUCUUCUGGUGCAUUAUUACAAUUAGUGCCAUUGAUUAUGUUUUAUGCAUUAGGUUUAUUAUUAGAUAAAACACCAAGAAAGAAAUGGAAUAGAUUCUCAAAUUUAUCUUCUUUAGACUGGGGUACUACUUUCCCUGUUUACACCAAUUUAGCUGUCAUUACAUUCUCUUACGCAAUUAUUUGUCCAAUUAUUUUACUUUUCGCAUUCUGUGGGUUCUUCUUAUUAUAUGUGGCAUAUUUAUACAAUUUAACUUAUGUCAUGGAGGAAGCUCCAGAUGGAAGAGGUAUUUAUUACCCAAGAGCUUUAUUCCAAACUUUAGUAGGUGUUUAUAUUGGUCAAGUCUGUCUAUUAGGUUUAUUUGCAGUUGGUAAAGGUUGGGGUCCAAUUGUGUUACAAGUGAUCGGUAUUGUCGUCACAGUUAUAUUACACAUGUUUUUAAAUGUCUCCUUUGAUCAUUUAAUUAAAUAUGUCCCGGUCGAUACCAUGAGACCAUUAGAUGGUAAAACUGACACUCCUUCUUUUAAAAACUUAUACACUAAGGUUACCAAGGAAGGUACUUUGAUGGAAGAUGAAAAUGUUAAAGUAUUACCACCUUAUCAAAUUAGAAAAUAUCAUACCGCAAAUAAUGCUAAAAAAAAUAGUUUCGAACAAAAUACCAUUAGUAUCUUCAGUGAAAAUACUUUUGAACUUCAGAAUGAAGUCUCUACAAAAUUAGCAGAAGAAUCUAAAAAUAAUAUUUUAUCUAUCCCUCUAUUGGCGGAUGCAGAUGAAACCAUUAUUCCAUUUGUUCCAUUUUGGAAAAGAUUUAUCUUACCCCAUAUUUUCUCCUCAUACAAAGCUGUCAGAAGGAGAGUGCCUACAAUUUAUGGAUUAACAGAUCCUUCAGAACUUGUGGACGAAGAUGACAUUGCACAUGCUUAUGAUUAUCCAUCCGUUAGUGCUAAAUGCCCAUAUUUGUGGAUUCCAAGGGACGAAUACGGAUUUUCCAAAACAUUAAUAGCACAAUUCAAUGGUAUUAUUGAUAUUUCAGAUGAAGGUGCUACAAUUGAUCCUAAAAACAAGAUUACUUGGACUGAAAAUCCACCUACUUACAACGUUGACCAUGAUCCAUUUGCUGAUUUUAAUAUGAUUGAAGAAAUGAGUGAUGAAUCAAACUAA